AUGUUGUCUGCGUCGCUCAAGCAGGGCUUCAGACGCGCCAGUGUAGCGCGCCCUCUGCGCCGAACUCUAGCUACCGCGGUGCAGCACAGCAGUGCACCUCUGACGGAGAUCUCCACACUCUCCAACGGAUUGACCAUCGCGACCGAAUCCCAUCCUCAUGCCCAGACCGCUACUGUCGGUGUCUGGAUCGAUGCUGGCUCCCGCGCAGAGACGGACGUGACCAAUGGGACCGCACACUUCUUGGAACACAUGGCCUUCAAGGGCACCAACCGCCGCUCCCAGCACGCCCUAGAGCUCGAAGUCGAGAACCUCGGAGCCCACCUCAACGCAUACACUAGCCGUGAACAGACCGUGUACUACGCCAAGGCAUUCCGCAAGGACGUCGGUGCCGCUGUCGAUAUCAUCAGCGAUAUCCUGCAAAAUUCCAAAUUGGAGUCUGGGGCCAUCGAGCGCGAACGGGAUGUGAUCUUGAGGGAGCAGGAAGAGGUUGACAAGCAGCUUGAGGAAGUUGUAUUUGAUCACCUUCAUGCGGUCGCCUACCAAGGUCAACCCCUGGGACGUACCAUCUUGGGACCCAAGAAGAACAUUCUGUCCAUCAAGCGCGAUGAUCUUGCUGACUACAUCAAGAGCAACUACACCGCCGACCGUAUGGUUCUCGUUGGUACUGGCGGUGUUGACCAUCGCGAGUUACAGGACCUUGCCGUCAAGCACUUCUCCAAUCUCCCCGUCUCUUCGAACCCCGUUGGACUUGGCAAGAAGCACCACCCAAAGACCAGCUUUGUUGGUUCUGAAGUCCGUAUCCGUGACGACACCAUGAACACCGCCAACAUUGCUAUCGCAGUCGAAGGUGUCGGCUGGCGCUCUCCUGAUUACUUCCCAUGCUCCCGUCUCAGCCAUGUCGUUUCGAGCAACUCCCUCGCCAACAGCUUCAUGUCUUUCUCCACCUCGUACUCUGACACUGGUCUCUGGGGUAUCUACCUUGUCUCUGAGAACCUCGUCAACUUGGAUGACCUUGUCCACUUUACCCUGCGCGAGUGGACUCGUAUGAGCAUUGCACCCACCGACGCCGAAGUCGAACGAGCCAAGAGCCAGCUCAAGGCCAGCUUGCUUCUCGGAUUGGACGGAACCACUGCCGUUGCGGAAGACAUCGGGCGUCAACUUGUUACUGCCGGACGCCGCUUCACUCCCCGGCAAAUCGAGAGCGCCGUAAAUGCGGUGACCAAGGAUGAGAUCAAGAGGGUUGCGAACAAGUACUUGUGGGAUAAGGAUAUUGCCGUCGCUGCCCUCGGUCGGGUCGAAGGUCUCUUGGACUACAACCGCAUCCGCUCGGAUAUGUCGUCCAUGCUGUACUAA